UUUAAAACGUCAUAGGAAUUGAUUUUCACAAACGGAACGUUAACUGAUCUGUUUGUUCACGGCCAGUGGAAUGCCGGUUGUGGCAAGGAUUAUCUGUUUUCGAAAACAACUCUGGAUUGGUUCGGCGCUUGGAAAUAUUGCUGCUCAAUUGGAAUGAAAUUGGCAUCGAUUGAAGCUCUAGAGGAAUUAAGCUGUCUUACGAAAAUGGUUGCGAAAUAUCCCGAAGCAGUCUACCCUGAUCAAUGUGGAAAGGAUUUCUGGACAUCUGGAACCAACCGCGGUUGUCCAGGCUCUCACUUCUGGUGUUCUGACGACGAAAAAUUGAACAAGGAGGAAAUAGCCAACUGGAAAAACGGGCAAAUGCCCUCGGAGAGUUCUGAUCAGUGCAUUUUUAUUAAUUUGUCAAAUGCGACUUUAAAAGAGACUUAUUUGGGCGCUGACUCUUGUUCCAAGCAAAAACCGUUUCUUUGCGAGGCCUUGAAACCGGGCAAUAAAUCAAUGCAAAUCUCGCGCAGUUGCAGGGAAAUUUGGGGUGUGAAAGAGAGUGAAGUGAAUAGCAUAAUCAUGAAUCCAAGCGGAAACGUCCUCAAACAAAGACGCAAUCUGAAAUGUUAUAUAAGGUGCUGCGGGAAAAAAGGACACGUUAUAAAAACCGGGUCGCUGGUGACGGAUGAAAUUUUGCGCAAUAUAGAGGACUUGACGUCCGACGACCCACAAGAAAUGCAAAAUGGCUUUGAAAACUUUGAUUCCUGCACUUCCAUCCAGUCUACUGACGAGUGCCACACGAUGGCCCAGAUGUUCCAGUGUGGCAAGAAAAAUGAUCCAGACCUGACUUUAGGUCUCGUAACUGCCAUCAAAGGAGACGCCACUGUUUUAGAAACUGCCACAGGGGGAAUUAAAACCAGCGAUAGAUUGUGUCCUUUGCCUACAGCAGCAAGUUGUGUACCAAAUCAAGCAAAUAUUGAUGAACUUAAAAACACGGGAUCAUCAUUAGGAGGAAAUAUGACGACAGCCUCGAAUGGCAAAAAAUACUUUACAACACUUAACACAGCAGGAAUUAGCGACAUUCAAGCAGAAGACUCCUGCUGCAAACUUGGCAGCCACCUUGCCAUCUUCGAAAGCCCAGCGGAUUUAGACGCUUUUUUGCAAAGCUGGCAACAAAAUGGUGGCUACAAAUUUUUCAUUGGAUCAACUUUCGACAACGGUGAUGGCACCGACAGUUGGUGCUUGAACUUCAAGAAGCUGCCGACAGGAUUGAUCACAGACAUCAACUCAUUUUAUCGCUACGAUCAGUUGACCACGACUAAAAUUUACUUGAAGAAAACCCCCGGAUUAGAAUUAGGUGCAAAAAAAGACGUGGUUAAAGGAUUAAUAUGUGGCCCACUUCCCUACUAGAGUAUUUCUUUCGUAGAAGUCAUUAUUAUUUUGUGUGUUGGUUAUGGUGUUUUUUUUUGUUUGCGAACAAAAUAAUCAAAAACAGCUGUCUCAAAUUACAGCUAUAGCUGAUGGAUGUUUGACACCGUUCAAGUUUCAUCAUAUAUUUUGAGACCGAGUGUCCUAUACCAAGAAAUGUUGUACACUCGAAUUCCAGUUUGAAGUUUGAACAAAUAUAAAAAUAGGACAAAAUGUUUUUGUCUGAAUGCAUAGAAAUUUUUAGGCGUGACCAGAGGCAUGCGACUUUUUCUUUUCAACCUUUUCUCCCACCAUCACCUGCUUAAUUCAACCCCUCUAUGCGGAAGCUAGCUGGGAGGAGGUCAUUGUAAGCUUGUUAUUUCCCCACUAGAAUUUAUUUAGUCACCACCUCCUUGCGCCCUGAGGCGGAGAGGUGAUGAUCAUAUUCUGUAGAGAUUCGCCCAAAACGCGAGUUUCCUUAAU